AUGGAGUUGUUUAAAUUCAUGGCAACGGAACAAUUUGAUCCUGUACAGCAACCCACACACAAUGCUAUGGGCUCUGAGAAUUUAGGUGAGUUUGAUAAACGUAUUCAGGCGUUAGCAUUUCAUUCUCUUUCAACAGAGAUUUUAUUUAUAUCGAGAAAUCAACAUUGGCAUUAGAAUCGCUCGUUGGAUUGGUAUUAUAAUGAUUAUUUAUACAAAGCAAUAAGAUAUGUUUUGUAUCAUGAAAGUUAUACGUUGGGAAUUUUUACAGCUUUUUAUAAAAUAAUAUUGGUAGACAUUUCAAACAGUAUGCUCUAUAGUCGUCGAUUGGGUGUAUGUAUUACCUUUGGUGGUGAUAAUCGUGAAUUUUUUAACACUCCAUUUUUAGAUCUUGAAAUUAGACACCGUCUUCUUGAGUCCACGUUAUAUGUCAUGACAAAAAGUGACAAUAUUAUGCAUAGAAUACAAAAGAUUGUAGAUCAAACGGGCAUUUUAGUUUCUUCCGAUUUUCUAAUUCGUCUAUGUGAUGAUGUCAAGAAAACAGAGAUUUGAAUUUAAUAAUCAUGAUUGGAUUAUUCGAGGGUUAAUAGAGAAUAAAUGCGAUUCUUCAAUACUAUCCGGAGUUAAUGUUUCUCAACAAUGUGAUAUUAUAGUUGAUGGGGUUUAUUAUGCUAAUAUUUGUGAAUUUGUAUUAUCAAGAAAGAUCGGUUAUAGCGGUAAUGAGAUUGGUAUGACUUUUAAUGUUUACGGUGUGAACUGUGAUAAAACUUUGGGUCGGCAAUGUAUCUUGCAAUUAUACACAAUGCUUGGAGUGUACAAACACCGAAUGCAAGUAGUAUUAGAUUUGCACUAGUUAUUCGAUGGUUAAUAAGUAUUUAUCUGGAGCGGGGCGAAUUAUUACAUUAUGAAAGUUUUAUAAGAGAAAUAUGAAAUGAGACGUCAUAUCAUUGUAUAAUAAGUAUAUUAACGGUGUGGACGUAAACGACCAGUAUAGGAGCUACUACCCUGUACGAGCUCAAUCUAAAAAGUGGUGGAAAUAUUUGGCUUGGUUUUUCGUGAAUAUUUCGAUUGUAAGCGGGUUUCAUUUUACAAAACUUGCAGAUUGAUCGACGCCAUCACCUAAAACAUUUAGAUUUCCGUCUUGUUUUGGCAAGACAACUUAUUUCGACCUAUAACGGCUACAAAAAGAUUUCUAGUGCUCCGAGUGGCCGUAAAAAAAUGUUCCACUGGGUAGAAAUGUCAAGGGCCAUAGCUUAGUGAAGUCUUCAGAGCAAAAACGAGCGUGUGGGAUGUGUUCGAAAGCGGGAAGGAAGCGUGCAAUUGGGGCAAUUCUGUGCUUAUAGAAUUUAUAAUCAAAUUAAUAAUUUUGUAUUGAUCAACUCAUUUUGUCUCUUUAUUCCAUUUUCCAGGUUCACGUCCAAAACAAAAGUCGAAUGGGUUUAUUCGUGGCUUUGUUUGUAAUUAUCUUGCAAACCAUUCUGAUGGUCAACUUCUUGUUGAAUUAACAGAGAACCCUUCUGUUGUAAAAUUUAAUGAUAUUGGUGCAAUUAGUGCUAUUUAUUGUGACUAUAAAGAACAAAGUGGUAGACAAUUAAACAGAAAGUUGGAGAAAAGGAUCGACAAUGUCAAAAACAUUUUGAAGCUAUUUGAAAAACAAACUAUAACACUGGAGAAAAUUGGUAGUGGGAAUGUGUGUAACAAAUAA